UGAUAUUCCAUGCUGUAUUUGCACAGUGUUUUGAAUACAAUGAAUAUUGAUCUUAUACAAUCGCCAAUCAGUUGAAGAGUACAAUCAACUAAGUGCAACUUCAGCUCCCAUUUUUGAGUAGGCCUGUAUUAAUAAUUAAAUUUGAUCAAUCUUCGUUCUUUGGAACUACUAUGUGACGUAAUUUAUCAAGGUACUCUUUAAUAAGGUACUCAAUACAAUCAGGUACCUUACUCUUUGAAAACUCUCCAUAAAGUUUAUAUUGACAGUUUGUAUGCUUCCAUGACAGCCUGCGCCAUAUAAAACGUGAAAUUCUAUUGUUGAACAUUGAAUUCAUACUAGAAAAAUUUACAUUCAAUAUGAAGAAUAUUUUUAUUCCCUCUCAUAGAUAAUUCUACGAAAAUAUUCAAGAUUCCAUAUAGUUCAAUUUGAUUUUAUAUUGGAAGUACAAUUUUUUAUUUCGGUAGCCUACUCAUCAAUUUUGUUCAAGUGGCAAACUGGAUCAUCAGUCUCGUCCUUUACACACAAAAAACGAUACAAUUUGUUGACAUUCCAUCCAAGUGAAAAUAUGAAUUCACAUAGAAAAAUAAUAGCUGUGGGCUAUUAUAAUUGACAAUUCUAUUUAAAAAAAAAAAAAACAGAAUUGGAUGAACUGAAUUAGGUUCACUGUUAGGCCUAACAGACUAUUAUAUUUAUCUUGAAAUAGAAUGCUUUAUUAAAGGGAAGACGAACUCACAGGAGCAAAAUGAUCUAUGCAUGGAGUAUUAUUAGCUUGAUGAUUUUUAAUGAGUAAAUCAGAAUUGUAUUUCACAAUAGUAUAAAUUUUCAAACUAAUUAACUCUUAAAGUCUGUAUAUUUUCUUCAAGAUCCAAGUUAACGAUUACACAUAUUUUAUAUUACUGUAAGUAUCAAACCUAUAGCCUACAACUAAUUUAUUUCCCCAACUUUAGAAUGUAAUAAUGACAUAUUGAAGCUAUGAAACCGAAAAAUGAAUAUAGAGAACAUUUCUACCAGACUAUACGAUUGCUAUCAAUAAUCAUGAAAUCAAUGGGAAUAUUUACUUUACAAAAUGCUACAGCGAAAAAUGGGAAUUUGCUGUAUCACAAAACCAUUAAUUUGACAAUACUGUGGUUCAGUUUAUUGCAAAUAAUCAACUUUAAUACUAUGAUACAGCCGCCUCAGAGGAACGCCAUAUUCAUGGCACAAGCCUCGUCACAUUUCUUAAAAUCUUUUAUUGCUUGUGCGAUAAUUGUCUUACGAACAGAAAAACUAUUUUUAAAAGCAAUUAAAGAUAUCGAAUCCUUCGAUGACGAAUUUUUGGGUGAUCCAGCAAUUGGUUCAGAACGGAGAGGAAUUAUGUGGUUGUAUAAAUUUGUCACUCUCUUUUCUCUACAUUUAUUUCUAUCAUACAUGUUGGGUGGAUUAGGUUUUUUCGUUAUUUGGCACUGUGUCAUCAAUGUGACAGCAAAAACAUCUAUUUCUGUGAUGUUUUUAAUAAUUCAAGAAGAACUAAUUCAUCGCUACAAUUAUUUAACAAAGUUUUGGAAUAUCAGAGUUGAGAAGGCACAAGGCUUCAGCAAAGAGAUUCUCAUAGAGAAGCUGAGAACCAGUCACGGUAAGCUGGGCAUUAUUCUUCAAGAAGUGAACAACAGUUGUGGCUUGAGAGUAAUCAUACUAUUCUUUUCUUCGGUGUUUGAAAUUCUGUUGUUCUAUCAUAAUCCUGAAAACAUGCAUGAUACUCUGAACAAUCGAAGGGUUAAAAUACUUCAAUCUUUAUAUUACACGAGCGAGUUUCUUUUGUCAUUCAUUGUACUUACUUCUGCUGCAAGGUUGAGUACAAAGACUAGAGAGAUCCUUAGAUGCUUCAGAACUGCCUCAAUAAAUGGAGUAUUGCCUUAUUGUAAACAGCAGAUGAUCUUCCUUUCAACUCAAGUAUACGUGAAACAAGCAAAAGUGACUGCUGGAGGAUUUUUUGAUCUGAACCGCUCUGUAGCUAUAUCAAUGCUUCUCACUGGCGCAACGUAUCUACUACUCUGUUAUCAGUCCAGAUUUGAAAUAGCCAACAUGCUUGACGCCUAUGGAAAUUUUCUCAAUGAUUUCUCCAUCAAAAAGGGUAAAAUAAUCGAGAUGAUUACACCAGAUCUUUAGAAUCCUCACACAGGAAACCUUACGGGAUUGAAACUACAAGAAUAUUAGGCAUAAAAUUUACUCGCUUAUCUCUAUUCUAACUCAAUAGAUAAAUAACAUGAUUAAUUCAAUGUGCAGUGAUAAUUAUAAGUGUAAUAUUCAACUAUAGUUUCGUGUUUUAGUUUUCCUAAAUUCAAAAUUUAUAACCUAUAUUUAUAUAUUUGGGCGAAAAUUGA